GAUAGAAAUAAAGAUCGUAGAAAGACGUGAAGGUACAGGUGAGGAGAUUGAUGAUUUUAACUUUGUUUGUUGGCUUUGAAUUCAUAUAAUUUCCGUUCCCUUUGAAAAAAGCAAAAGGGGUGCCACAAAGAGACAAAGAGAUUGUGGUGGUUUUUUCAGCCCAGAGCCCGAGAGCGUGUGUGUGUGUGUGCAGAGAUAUAGCAGAAGAAGAGCAACCCCAAACACCACGCAUUAGUGACAACCCACACGAGCGGUUCUCGAACUGCAUGCACUGCACUGCACUGCACACACACAUCAUGGACUUUUCCUAGAGAGAGAAACCCCAAAAAACUCUUUCUUUAUUGCGCUAUCAGUCUCAAAAUAAGGACCCCCUGAUCUCAUUUCUUUCUUCACACACCAUGCUGAGAGUGAGAGAGAAUCCUGUGGCCUCAACUUUUUCCCUUCUCUCUCUUUUGUGUUUCAAACUUCUUUAAAUCCUUUCUCUUUCUCCUCCUCUCACUUAUCAGAUCAUGCACUAGUUACUCUUUUUUUUUUUUGUGUUUUUUUUCCUAUGCUUCUGGCAUUGAGUUAGUUCCUAGGGGGGGAAAGGAACCUGUUUUGUGAACCCUUUUGGCUGUUUUUGCUUUUGCUUUUUUGUUUUUUUUUUUGUCUUCAUGGCUUCGCAUCACUUCAGCAAUGUUGGUGAAGUUUUCAGUGGGAACAUGGGUUUCUUCCCUUCCUCUCUUUUUGUGGGUUCCUCCCAAGGUCAUCCUUUGUCUAUGGGGCCAAAGGCUGAGAUGGGUCUUCAGAUUUUGAGCCCCUCAGUGUUUCAACAUCCCCAGGAGAGCAUGGGGACAAGGAGAGUGAUCAGUGAUGAGGGUGUUGAGAACAAGAACUUGUGUUUGAAGCUUGGAGAGGAAGUGGAAGAAGUUAAGGGCUCUGCCUCAGGGAAAAAUGGCUACACCAAGCUUUGUGCUAGAGGACACUGGAGGCCUGCUGAGGAUGAAAAACUUAAGGACCUUGUUGCUCAAUAUGGCCCUCAAAAUUGGAACUUGAUUGCUGAGCAUCUAGAAGGAAGAUCAGGGAAAAGUUGCAGAUUGAGGUGGUUUAAUCAGCUAGAUCCUAGGAUCAACAGAAGGUCUUUUUCUGAGGAGGAAGAGGAGAGGCUUUUGGCUGCUCAUAAAAUGUAUGGCAACAAAUGGGCCAUGAUUGCUAGACUCUUUCCUGGAAGGACAGAUAAUGCUGUGAAGAAUCAUUGGCAUGUGAUCAUGGCCAGGAGGCAGAGGGAGCAGUCUAGUAAUGUGUACAGAAGGAGAAAACCCACUAUUAGUGAAGCCCUUCCAAAGGGUAAUUUGAAUUUGACUCUCUCUAACAAUGCAGCCAGUGAGUCAACCAUCUCAAGUACCAUUGAUGAAUCUGCCUCAACUUGCACUAACCCCUCCCUCACUCCCUCUUCAGCCAAACUAACUCCUUUUGGCCUCUUUGAUCAACUGGGACCAGCUCAGAAUCACCAACCCUUUGGAUCAUUAAUGGGACAAUCUAGAGAAGGUGGGGAUGUGAGUUUUAACAAAUUUUUUGGUGCUUGGAAAGGUGAAGCUGUGGGAAAGGUGAUGGGUGUGGACCAGUCCAAUUUUUCAGAUGCAAACUCAGAAGUAUCAGUAUCUGAGUCAGUUGCGACCUAUAGGUCCAAUCUUUCAAUUUCUGAGGAGAGUGAAACUGUGGGUGAUAAGAUUAACAUGCCAUUCAUUGAUUUUCUUGGAGUAGGGGCUACUUAGCUGAAUUGCUGAUAAAAUCUUCACUGAAUGAAACGAAAAGGCUGAACUGAGGUGAGGGGUUAGGAAAGGGAGAGUGUUGGUGGAUGGAAAAAAAGGGUUUGCUGUAUGUAGUGCAUUCCCUUGUGUACAGUUGGUUCCAUAAAAGGCAAAAAGUAAAAGGGAGAAUAAAUAGAGGGAAGAAGAAAAAAAAAAUGAAAAAAAAGAGAGACAUAAGUAGGUAGAGAGGGUCUCUUAUGAGAGUAGUUAUGAGAUUCAAAAAAAGUAUAAUAAUAUUCAAACCCUUGGUUUUGGACUGUUCCUGCAACAGCAGAAGCAGGGCCUUGUUAUGUUAUCAUCCUGUGCUACUUUUGGCACUUUGUUAAUCAGAAGCCAAAGUUUCAUGACUUGGAAUCCUCUUUCCAUCAAUUAACCCACCUCUUUUGAAUUUGCUGCA